UCUUCCUCUCUCUCUCCAAAAUUUUCCUGCGAAAAUCAAAAGGAGCUUCUUCAUUAAUAGAGAUAGGAGAAGAGAGAGCUUCUUCAAUUUUUCCCUCGAACUGUGAAAUCUCAGGUUCUGGUUCUUGGGUCUAUUUCUGUUUCUGGGUUCCGAGCUGAUUUGAUAGUGUUUGGUUCUUCCGAUGAUGGAGUUCAUUGGCUUGUUACGAUAGCUAUCUAGAGUUCUGGAUAUCUUUAGUGUUCUUCUCUAUUAAUAAGAAAAUGUCGACGAAGAUGAAAGGAGAGCAUUCUUCUAGAAGCUUCGUAUCAAGGAAAUAUACAAUAUUACUCUGCUUAGGAAGCUUCUGCGUCGGAUUGUUCUUCACCAAUCGGAUGUGGAGUAUUCCGGAAUCUAAAGGCAUGUCUCGUCCAUCUGUAACCGAAGCUGAAAGAUUGAAGCUCGUCUCUGAAGGAUGCAAUCCAAAAGCUCUUUACCAGAAAGAAGUUACAAGAGAUCCUCAGGCUUUGUUUGGACAAGUAGCCAAUACACAUCAUGCAUUACAGACAUUGGAUAAGACCAUUUCAAGCUUAGAGAUGGAGUUAGCUGCAGCAAGGUCUGCGCAGGAAUCUUUACAGAACGGUGCUCCUGUGUCAGAUGAUAUGGGGAAGAAGCAAACGCAGGGAAAGAGACGGUAUUUGAUGGUUGUAGGGAUUAAUACAGCUUUUAGUAGCCGGAAGAGAAGGGAUUCUAUUCGAGCAACCUGGAUGCCUCAAGGUGAAAAAAGAAAGAGACUUGAAGAAGAGAAGGGGAUUAUUAUCCGGUUUGUCAUUGGUCACAGUGCCACGGCCGGAGGAAUUCUAGAUCGAGCCAUAGAAGCUGAGGACAGGAAGCAUGGAGAUUUCUUGAGACUGGACCAUGUGGAAGGGUACCUAGAGUUGUCAGGCAAGACGAAAACUUACUUUUCUACAGCGUUUUCAAUGUGGGAUGCAGAUUUCUAUGUCAAAGUAGAUGAUGAUGUUCAUGUAAAUAUAGCAACUCUUGGGGAAACUCUUGUUAGACACCGGAAAAAACCACGGGUCUAUAUCGGUUGCAUGAAAUCUGGCCCUGUCCUCUCUCAAAAAGGUGUGAGAUACCAUGAGCCAGAGUACUGGAAGUUUGGUGAGAAUGGGAACAAAUACUUCCGUCAUGCUACUGGACAGUUAUACGCUAUUUCAAGAGACUUGGCUUCUUAUAUAUCAAUCAAUCAGCAUGUUCUUCACAAGUAUGCGAACGAAGAUGUCUCAUUAGGAGCUUGGUUUAUCGGGAUUGAUGUUAAACACAUCGAUGAUAGAAGAUUAUGCUGUGGCACUCCUCCUGAUUGUGAAUGGAAAACGCAGGCUGGAAACAUCUGUGUAGCAUCAUUCGACUGGAGCUGCAGCGGAAUCUGCAGAUCAGCAGAUCGCAUCAAAGAGGUUCAUCGACGUUGCGGUGAAGGUGAAAAGGCUCUUUGGAGUGCCACAUUUUGAUAUAUAGACAGAUACGUGAUAAACAACUCAAAGACAUAUAACGGAAUUGUUAAGCCCCCAAAACAGUUCAAAGAUCAGUCAAAAGAACAGAGAUACAAUUCCAAGAGUUGCCCACUUUUGUAUUCAUAGGUACAUAGGAGAGGUAGGAUUAGAGAGAGAAGUGUGAAGACCUCUGGCAAGAAUAGCGAUUGUGGCGUUUCCGUUUUAGUAUAAGGAAACUGAGCAUUGCAGUAAAAAAAACCUGCUGUUUUGUUCGUUUUGGGUGGUUAGAAAACGAAACUGUUUGUGAAUUUGUUUACGUCAAUACAAAACUAUGCCCUGCCGAUUCUUUUGGCUAUUAAA